GGGAAGUCGAUUGUCUUGGGCGGCUGCUUUACCCUUCGGCGGGGUCUCGAGUCCCGGAGGAAGCCGGCGUGUGUGGAAUUCUCUCCGACCCUCGCGGCGGAAUAAACAGGAAGCGAAGAGCACCCAGCCCGGCCCGCACUUGCCUUUGUUGAGGGGUCUGCCCUGCACAGCCCCGAGGAGGCUGCCCCGGACCCCCGCCCGAUGCGCCGCCCCGGGUGGGGCUGGGGGCGCGCCCUGUGAGCAGCACAAGCUCUGCACCUGCCAUCUCACGCCACUGCCUCCUCCUCCGCUGGACCGUUUCCACGGACUGAUACCUGUCGGCUCGUAGUGGUAAAGCAAGGACAGAGCUGAAGCCCAGGGAGCAGCAGAUGAGGACGGGCCGGACUCCCCUGGAGAGCUGAGCCUGUGGACGAUGCUGGCCACGGCACGGCUGCGCAGGUCUUCGCUUUGAGGUGGGAGGCAGGCCUCUGCGGGACAGCUGCUCCACGCCCGGUCACCAUGGCUUCCACACUCUGGCUGGACGGCUGACAGGACCGUGCGCCCCGCACGCCGCUGGACUGGGGGCAGUCUGUGCACCACCCGCUCACAGGGCGUGGGAGCAGGGCUGGUGGGCAUCAGAUGCUCCCAAACGCUGGACCGGCGGAGCGAUGGACUCGGACAGGCUAAGAUGGAAGUGACCUGAGGCCUCGCCGGGCGGUUUCCUUGCGACAGGACAGCUUAAGAGUCAGAACACAGGCUUGUCUGGGGAGCAGUAUGCAGGAAGCUGGUUUUCAGGCCACAAAUGCUUUCACAGACUGCAAAUUCACCUGCACCAGCGGUAAAUGCUUAUAUCUCGGUUCGCUGGUCUGUAACCAACAGAACGACUGUGGGGACAACAGUGAUGAAGAAAACUGUCUGCUGGUGACCGAGCAUCCGCCUCCGGGCAUCUUCAACUCGGAGCUGGAGUUCGCCCAGAUCAUCAUCAUCGUCGUGGUGGUCACGGUGAUGGUCGUGGUCAUCGUCUGCCUGCUGAAUCACUACAAGGUCUCCACGCGGUCCUUCAUCAACCGCCCGAGCCAGAGCAGGAGGCAGGAGGACGGGCUGCAGCCGGAAGGGUGCCUGUGGCCUUCAGGCAGCUCGGUGCCACGGCCAGGGGCCUCUGAGAUCAUGUACGCCCCUCGGGCCAGGGACAGGUUUACUGCCCCGUCCUUUAUCCAGAGGGAUCGGUUCAGUCGCUUCCAGCCCACCUACCCCUAUGUGCAGCACGAGAUUGACCUCCCUCCCACCAUCUCCCUGUCGGACGGGGAAGAGCCGCCUCCUUACCAGGGGCCCUGCACCCUGCAGCUCCGGGACCCCGAACAGCAGAUGGAACUCAACCGAGAGUCUGUGAGGGCCCCGCCCAACCGAACCAUAUUUGACAGUGAUUUGAUAGACAUUUCCGUGUACAACGGGGGCCCCUGCCCGCCCAGCAGCAACUCGGGCAUCAGCGCGACCACCUGCAGCAGUAACGGGAGGAUGGAGGGGCCGCCCCCCACCUACAGCGAGGUGAUGGGCCACUACCCAGGCGCCUCCUUCUUCCAUCACCAGCACAGCAACACACACGGCGGCAGCAGACUGCAGUUUCAGCAGAACAAUUCAGAGAGCACAAUAGUCCCCAUCAAGGGCAAAGACAGGAAGCCCGGGAACCUGGUCUGACCCCUCCAGGCGCACUUGAAUCGAGGAGAGGAACCGAGGAGGGGAAGAGGCUGCGCCACCCUCCGGCGCACGGUGUUGUCCGGUUUCACGUGGUACAACUAAGUAAAACCAAAUGUGCAAACACGGUCUUUGUUUCUGAUUCCUUUCAGGGGAGUUGCAUGCGAAGGAGACUGAGAGGAUGCGGACUUCCAUCCGGUCUGACCGCCAACGGUGUUGAUUUGGGGGCAGGGUGGGGAUGGGGGAAGAUUUUGGCAAAGGGUGGGCAGGGAAACAGAGAAGGGAUGCUUUGAAGAUAUCAUGAAAUAAGAACCACAGAGGUAUUUGAUUUAUUUAAUUCCGAAAGGAGACUUCAUAGUUUAAAUGAGGCCAGAAUGGCCUGUUUUGUAACUAACUGAAUAAAGAAGGAAGCGUUAUGAUAUAUUAUCAUGGGGAAGAAUCAGCCCUGUGGCUUUUUCUCCCAAGGUGUGGAACUUUUAUUUUGUUCUAAAAAUAUGAAGCAAAAUUCCUGUUUUGUGUGCCAAGGUAUAAAGUGGAGAAGUUAGAUGAAUGCAAGGAGCUAUUCUUUGUUGAGAUGGUGUGUUUCCAAAGUUGCACUAUUGAUGUUUAAAAUAUAUAUGAGGGAACUGUUUUGCGUGAACUUCUGUAUGUUGCUUGUCUUUUCCCUGUGGGUGGUUAUUAGGCCUGAAGAACAGCCUAGAGUGAUCCCAGAAUCACACAAGAAAGCGUAUUUGGGGAUGUAGCCUAAUAUUUACCAAAUUCUGUAAAUCAGCCCAGUGCUGCUUGCUGCAGGAGUUUGCAUCCUACCUGGUGCAUCACUGAGGCACCAGGAGACACUGGGAUGGAAGAUAGGAAAUACUAAGUUCCGGCAUUUCUGGCUUAUUUGAAUUACUCUGCUAGUUUUAGGCUGCAUACUUUAUUAAAAAUGAACAAAUGCAUUUAUGUAUCCAGUAUCGUGCAGUGCCGCCCUUGCCCGCCAGCAGUGUAGUUCCUCCAGUAAUUUAGAUUUUUUUCCACUGUAGCAUGAAAUAUAUUCAGAUACAUAUUUUUUUUUGCAAUAAAUUGUUUAAAAUGCAAGGUGGUUAUUUUGCAUACUGCUGAAAUAUGUGACUCUCAGUGUGUCCCGUUGCCUCUCCCCUUUCCCAGGUAGCUCAGUUCAGUUCUGCAAGGCCGGUCAGUUCACCCAGAGGCUCCCAGCGGCCACCUGCAUACAGCUUGCCCAGCACUUGCUGUGUGAGCCAUGCUGGCAGAGGUCCUUGGAACUGAUGGAAGGGCACCUUGUCUACCAGUCAUGGUAACAAGCCAUUGCAUUUCACAAGUGUCACAUGGAACUCAGCCUGCAGACCUGCCUAAACUCCCACAGGGAUUCCAUCUCCCCUGCCCCCAGCAGCCUCCCUGUUGAUGGCAAGGACCAGGGGGUCAGUUAGAGGACAGGGGCAGGUGGGGGUGUGACUGUAAUAGCACAGGACAAAAAGCACAACCCGCAGUUAAGAUGCAACCAGAAAAUUGAUUCUAUAUAAUGUCUUAGUUUUAAUAUUCCUAACAUUUGCAAACAUUCAUUCUCACAGAUUAAAAAACAAAACAAAAAAACUUUCUUCUGCAGUUGUAAGCACUGGCUUUGUCACAGCAGCAGCUGGUCAGGUUAACAUGUUCUGCACCAGGCGAAGGACUUAUCUGCAGUGGCCAGGCUGCUUUCCACUGGGCCUCUCUGGCCUCUGCACAUAACAAGACCAAUGGAAUGGUGACCUGUGACUACCAGCUAUGCGGCUCGAAUGUCAAGUUGUGUGUGUGUAUGUGUGUGUGUGUGUGUGUGUGUGUGUGUGACUGUGUUCUUGGAGGCAAUUCCUCAGACACAUGUCUCUGUGUAGCUUGCUGAGAGCUGGAGACUUGUUUGCAAGCCCUUGUCCUGUCUGAUUCCAAUCUGCUGCUUGCUUCUGCUGCUUCCUCAGUAGGUAAGUUGCUGCAUUUGUUUUGAGGUUUGGACCUUCCCUUAGAUAGAUACAUUUCACAUAGUAACAUCCAUAGAACUAGGAGAGAGACAGAUGGCCAGCAGUUGUUAGCUCAUACCCAGAACCCUGCCUGGGAGGACUGCGUUUGAGGGUUGCAGUGGAAAUUCUGAGGUUGGCUUCAGUCUCAUUCCAAAGACCUUCUUUCUGAAGGCCUCUAUCAAGCAGGGAGAAACCAGCCCUCAGGGCAGGGGUUGUCUUGGGGCCAGAGAUGGCCCUUUUCAUGACUCUGGAGGCUUCCUGAAAGGUCCCUCACUCCCUGGGUGUCACACCUGUGUUUGAGAGAAACUGGGUCCAUGACACAAAGGUGAGGAGACACUCAUCCAGAAUGGGAUCUCACUGGUGGGGACUUGGUAUGGCUGGAUGAUCAGUCAGGUGUCCCCUGAGACACAGGUGAGAUCAGCUCACGGCUUCAUCAUUCCAAAUCUUGCCUGCAGUUCUAGAAAAGCCAGUAAAUCCACCUAUUAGCUCCACCUCAGAUGGCUUCAUGAGUCUUACUUUGCUACCUGCUACAGGAAAGGGCUAAGGCCUGAGACUUGUAAAUUCUUUAGUAGCCUCAAAAGUGUAAGGACAUUCUGUAGAUGUCGAUAGUAUUGGCAAAACAAUCAUUUAAUUCAAGUAGCUUUAAUCAUCCUUCAAAAGGAGUCCCCCACCCUUCAGGUACCCUAGAGAAUUGCCUUGUAAGUUAAUCAGUUGUUGCAAAGACACAAACAUAGUAAAGCUUGACUUUGAAAGGUCUUUGAGGCUGGGCCUCAGUAAUGAAUUAGUUUAAAAGCCAAGGUCAUAAAUUGGAUUAAUAGUCAAUUUCCCUUGACACAGGGAGGAGAUUUAGAUCAGCAGCUCUUCUGAAGGUUGUGGCCUCCCAGCUCAUGAGGUGUUGAACAAGCAGUGUUUGUGGUGAUGCAGGCCAAGCCCAUGUGCUGGUGAAACCAGCGAUUCAGGGUCUGAAAGGUCUAUAAUCACGGAUUAUUCCCACAGAACACUGCAACAGUUAGAGAGCGAAACUCCUAGCAUACCACUGAGACUUUUGUCCCUUGUCAUUGGGAUUUCCGGGAGUUCUAAACCUAAGCCCUGCUGAACCCCACCUGUAGGAACUGUCUUCUAGCUUACCUCUGCUUGUUCAGAAACAAUAGCAUUUUCCAAAUACCAAGCAAUCUUUAAGCAAGAGAUUGUGAAACAAAUCACACAUUUAAAAAGUUGAUGGCUGGAUUAUCAGUUAGGUGUCCCCUGAGACACAGGUGAGAAGAUCAGCUCAUGACUUCAUCAUUCCAAAUUUCGCCUGCAAUUCUAGAAAAACCAGUGAAUUUACCCAUUAGCUCCACCAUUAGCUGGGGGCAUGGCAUGGCUCAGGACAGAGGGCUGGCCUAGCAUGGGCAAGGCCUGGCUUUCAUCCCCACCAAUGCGGAAAAUUAAUGAGUUAACUAGUUGAUCUAUUUUUCAUGUUCAUAAUUGAUUGAUAAAGCAGUUUGACAAGCAUGCUCUCUGUCCUUCCACACACCCCUGCCCAUCAUAACACACCAGCCCAGGAAAAAUCUCAAGGUAGCCGAGAACAGAUGUACCAUGAGGAUACACUGUUUACUACUGAAGCUCAAACUUGAGUGAGCAAAUGCGAGCCCACCAUAACCUGGGAGGUCUCAGAGCAGCAAUGGCACUGGGUCCCCAGAUAACUGUUUCCUGAACUUGAUCUUCACAUUUAUCUUUCUAAGAAUGAGAGAGGUUCAAAAGGAAGGACCUUCAGAAAGCUCUGAUCUAGAGGAUUCCACUCUGACCCCUGCCUUCCCCUCAGAGCCAGUAGACCCUCCAUGGUCCAUCCAACAGUUCUUUCAGAGAGGCUCCUGGGUAGAGGACUUAAAAAAAUACACUCAGUCCACAUACUUUUUUUUUUUUUUCUGUACUGGAGAUUGAACCUAGGGGUGAUUUACCACUAAGCCACAUCACCAGCCCAUUUUUAAAAAUUUAGAGACAAGGUCUUGCUAUGUGCUUAGGGCCUUGGUAAGUUGCUGAGGCUGGCUUUGAACUUGUACGUACUUGUUGAUAGAUACAGAGGGCAGCCCCACAUGGCAGUAGUCACCCACAGUCUCCUCUCACCUCUGCUGAUGCUACUGGGGAAUCAUGGCCACCGAGUGCACUGUGCUGGUGCUUGCUGAGUGUAACUCUCUUGCACACUAUCACACUUUCAUAAAAUCCCCAAACCUCUGCAGUGUGAGGGAAGGGAUGUGAGAAUACUUGCUUUCUGCUAUCUUUUUGCUUUUCUUGUCUAAGUGACUGAAGCCAGUGCUUGGAGCCAAGCCCAAGUCUCAUGAGCACAGCCCCCUGAUCCUCCUAUUCACACUGCAGUAGAAGGCCAUGCCUUCAGCCUGCUUAGGGAAAAGGCCACUGCUGGGAGACAAAGUGGCAAGGAGGGCAGCAUCCUUUUCUCAGCUUGAGAACAGUAGUUAACAGUGGCCCACACAGUCACCAAUCACGAAACUGCCUGGUGCUUGCUUUGGAGGCACACAUACUUAAGUUGGAACGCUGAAAAUUGGCAAUGGCCCCUGAGCAAGGACAACAUGCCCUGUGAAGCAGUCUGUAUUAGAAAAAGAAAAAAAGGAACUCUGCACCCAGGUCACAAGUGAGUUCUCAGUGGCAGGUUAGAGGCUGUCAGCUGCCCCGAGACCAGAGAUGUGCCCUCCUAGCCUUCGGCAGCACACAGGUGUUAGGAUUCAAGAUGUCAUUUAAUGCCUAAAGCUCUUGCUUAGUGCAGGUUGAUGUUAGUGCCAGAGUUAGACACUUGCUGCUGCCCCUGAUCCUGAGUUGUGCACGGCAGAGGCUUGGUCCGGCGUGGGGACAUCUUGCUGAGAAUGCAGCGCCUUCUUCCCCUGGCCUUUGCGCCAAGCAUUUGAGCUGGGCAGAGUAGUGUGCACGUGUGACACCCUGUCAUCUCCAGCUCUGCAUGUCUCUAAGCAGUCAAGGUGCCUCCCGUCUGGCUUCAGCAGAUGCAGCAACCCAGCCCUGCUCCUGCGCUCCACGCCCUGACCUUUGUUGUGCCUCACUCAAAAUGGUGCUUCUUCAGUUGUCUGUCUUCUCUUACGUUUUUAUUUGUAAGGUGCUGUAUAUAAGUUGAAUAUAUUAUGCCCAUAUCCUACCCAAUGGGUAGAACAAAAAUUGUUAAUACUGUACUAUAAUGUAUAGAUGAUACCAAUUUUAACAGAAAUGGCAUAGAAUUUGUGAAUGCCUAUGUGCUUGGUCCUCUUUUGUAAGGAAAUUUGCAAAUGGAUGCAUACAGAUAAAGUCUAUGUAGUUUAUUUUCCUAUUAAAUACCAAUAUUAUAACACAAGGGAAAGAAGUCUGAACAAACAAGCGACAGCUUAUGACCAGCGUAUAUAUAGCAAUUGAGUUGCAUCUUUGCUGUGAAAACACUUUGGAAAAUAUUUUUUAAAAGUCGCACAGCUUUAUGGUUGCCACUAGAUGCUUCUUAUUUUAGUCACUUUAGAAACGCUCAGCUGGACAAGCGUUAGUUAUAUUUGAGUCAGAAAAAAAUGACUUCAACUUGCUUUGUGAGCAGACAUUACCUGGUGGUGCGUGAAGGGCUUGGGCCUCAGUGAGAAGCACAGGGUUUUGUCAUGUCAGAGUGACGGGCCGGCCUGCAGCAGAGGACUCUGUUGGGCUUUGGAGCAUUUGUGACCAUGUGUGUCCGGAGUUUCUCUGUGCCUUUUCCUCUUGUGAACUGAAGCUGUGGAGCCAGUGAAGAGGGGGUUUUGUAGGGAGAGAGCACCUCAGGAAAAACCAACCUGUGUGGUGGACCCUGGUCUCAGGAACAGUGUGUGCCAUGGGUUAGCAUCAGAAAAUCAGUGUCAGCCAGCCAGGCCAGGAUGCUCGAGCCAUCCCUGUGGUUGUCCUAUGUCAGUCCUGACCCAAAAUGCCAGCGGGGUUUUUGGGUAGAGGUUACAAUUCCAGUUGCACAUGAAGUCAUGCCUCUUUCAGCUCAGUUUUUGGUGUCUCAUUGUCACCUGUUUUUCUUCAGAGAGUCUAUUUUUUUUUUUCCAAACAAAUAAAAGGUCUGUAACACCGUGUCCAUAGAAACCACUGCUGAAUGUUGGUGUGGGCAUCAAGUGUUGUCCAGCAGGGCACUUCACACAGUUCUGCCCAUCUGAUUCAUGAUCCCAGUCUAUUCUGUCACUGGAAUAGUCUAAUAGAGUCCAUAUUUUUAAUUUACUUUGAUGUUAGUUUUGAAAGUCACAAUACAAUCAUCCUUCUACCUUCCAGAAAAUGUCAUUACUGGUUAUCCUUAAUCCAAACACCUCUACAAUGCAAAUCUCAAAUGCUGGGGGAUUAGGAUUAGGUUGGCCUUCCUUUAGCGCAUUCUGAAAGCGCCAUGAACAAGUGCCCAUUUGUGUUGGGUCCCAGGAGGCAGUACCACUGGCACCUGCAGGGCACACUGGGACCAGCAUUGAGAUUCAGAAACGAAGCUGCCACCCUGGGUCUGGUGCAUGUGAGAAUGUUCUGGACACGUCUGUAGAGGUACCAACUUGUACAGCCACAGCAUUGCUUUCUUUCUGCAGACCCAACUGAGGCCGAGACCUUCUAGUCCAUGAUACUGGUUCCAUUUAACAUGCUUGUUGUUGUAUCACUGUGUUAUUUUCAUGGCUUUCAAAAUUCACAUUGUCAUUGUAUUCUUGUCUAGUUUAAAGCUGUUUAAAAAUAUAUAAUAUUAUUCACAGCAUUUAGUUCAUUUAAUUUUUAUAACAAAGCAAUCUACUAAAAAAGUACAGCUGUAUUUGAACUUUUCAAUCUUUGUGAGCUAUGAUAAUCAGAAGUCAUUAAAGUCCUUUUUUAAAACAA